AUGAGCGUUAUGGAAGGCGGUUUGAAGAACCGGACUGCGGAUUUCAGGACUGUGGAACGUGAAUCGCGGUUUGUCAAUCCUCCUAAAGACAAAUCUGCGUUCCCGCUGUUACAGGAGGCCGUGGAGCCGCACAUCGGAUCCUUCAAUGCGUUGACAGAAGGGCCUGGUGGCGGCCUGUUGAAUCAAGCGAUGAAGGACAUUGGCGCCAAGGUUGUGUUUGAUGGUAAGCGAACGGACGAAAACCCAAACUACCUGGGAAACAAAUUGUCCUUUGAGGUGGAACAAAUUUCAGUCAUGAAGCCCAUGACCAACGACGGAGUGAGCAUGGCGAUGGAACGGAAAGUUUUUCCCGCGGAGAGCAGACAGCUGCUGUCAUCUUAUAAAGGCAAGCUGAUGCUCAAGUUGAAGUGGAAUGUGAAUAACGGUGAAACUGUUUAUAGCGAGGUUCGGGAUUGCGGGUGGUUACCAAUUAUGUUGCGGAGUAACCGCUGUCAUUUAGACAAGAUGUCGCCACACGACCUAGUUCAGCACAAAGAAGAGUCUGAUGAACUUGGAGGGUACUUUAUUGUCAAUGGUAUUGAGAAACUGAUCAGAAUGCUGAUUGUUCAGCGUAGGAAUCACCCAAUGGCUAUAAUUAGACCAUCAUUUGCCAACAGGGGAGCAUCAUAUUCGCAUUACGGUGUUCAAAUCCGUUGUGUUAGACCCGAUCAGACCUCUCAAACCAAUGUCUUGCAUUACCUGAAUGAUGGUCAGGUGGCAUUUCGUUUCUCCUGGAGGAAAAAUGAAUACUUGGUACCUGUUGUUAUGAUUCUAAAGGCGCUGACUAAUGCUAGUGAUAGAGAGUUGUUUGAUGGUAUAGUCGGUACAGACACUGCAAACUCUUUCUUAACUGAUCGUUUGGAAUUGUUACUUCGUGGAUUCAAGAAGCAGUAUGCACAGCUGCAGAACAGGAGACAAGUGCUUCAGUAUUUGGGCGACAAAUUCCGGGUGGUGUUCCAAGCUUCACCUGGGAUGAGUGAUUAUGACGUCGGUCAGGAAGUGCUAAGACGUAUUGUUUUGGUGCACCUUGGCGAAAAUGUCGAUAAGUCCCGGAUGUUGAUGUUUAUGAUCAGAAAAUUAUACUCCUUGGUUGCCGGUGAGUGUUUUCCAGACAAUCCAGAUGCGACCCAGCAUCAAGAAGUGCUUUUAGGCGGGUUUUUGUAUGGUAUGAUCAUUAAGGAAAAGGUUGACGAAUAUCUACAAUCCAUUAGAAUGCAGAUAACUGCAGAUGUCAAUCGAGGCAUUGCUGUGGACUUCAACGACCGUAAGUACAUGAGCAGGGUAUUAAUGAGGGUUAAUGAGAACAUCGGUUCGAAACUGCAAUACUUUUUGUCCACUGGUAAUUUGGUUUCUCAGUCUGGUCUUGAUUUGCAACAAGUUUCUGGUUACACUGUUGUUGCUGAGAAGAUUAACUUCUAUCGUUUUAUUUCGCACUUUAGAAUGGUUCAUAGAGGUUCUUUCUUUGCUCAAUUGAAGACCACUGCCGUCAGAAAGUUGCUUCCAGAAUCCUGGGGGUUCUUGUGUCCCGUGCAUACACCUGAUGGUACGCCGUGUGGUUUGUUGAAUCAUUUUGCUCAUAAAUGUAAAAUUUCUACCACGCAGUCAGAUGUAUCUGAAGUUCCUCAGUUACUGUACCGAUUGGGUGUUUCUCCUGCAGCCCAUGUUACAGCUGCUGGCCCUACUAAAUGUUGUGUUCAACUAGACGGAAAAAUUAUUGGUUGGUGUUCACAUGAGCAAGGUAAAGUUGUUGCUGAUACCUUGAGAUUCUGGAAGGUUGAAGGGAAAACCCCAGGUCUACCGUUAAGUUUAGAAAUUGGUUAUGUUCCACCUUCUACUCGUGGUCAAUAUCCAGGUCUGUACUUGUUUGCUGGACACUCUAGAAUGAUGCGUCCAGUUCGUUACUUACCUCUAGAUAAGGAAGAUAUAGUGGGUCCAUUUGAACAGGUUUAUAUGAACAUUGCUGUCACGCCUCCGGAAAUCCAAAACAACGUACAUACACAUGUUGAAUUUUCCCCAACCAACAUUCUAUCCAUUCUGGCUAACUUAACUCCAUUCUCGGACUUUAAUCAAUCUCCUAGAAAUAUGUAUCAAUGUCAGAUGGGUAAGCAAACUAUGGGUACUCCAGGUGUUGCCUUAUGCCAUCGUUCCGAUAACAAAUUGUAUAGGUUGCAAUCCGGCCAAACACCAAUUGUGAAAGCUAAUCUUUAUGAUGACUACGGGAUGGAUAACUUCCCGAACGGUACGAACGCUGUGGUUGCUGUCAUUUCUUAUACUGGUUAUGAUAUGGAUGAUGCGAUGAUUAUAAACAAGUCUGCCGAUGAGAGAGGCUUUGCAUACGGCACAAUGUACAAGACUGAAAAGAUUGACUUGUCCUUGAACAGAGGACGUGGUGACCCAAUCACCCAGUAUUUUGGUUUUGGUAACGAUGAAUGGCCAAAAGAAUGGCUAGAAAAGCUUGACGAUGAUGGUUUGCCCAUGAUUGGUACUUACGUUGAAGAAGGUGAUCCAAUUUGUGCUUACUUUGAUGAGACAUUGAACAAAACUAAAAUCAAGACAUACCAUUCUAGUGAACCAGCAUACGUUGAAGAAGUUAAUUUAAUUGGGGAUGAUUCCAGCAAGUGCCAAGAGCUUCAGUAUAUUACCAUCAAGUACCGUAUUAGAAGAACUCCAAAUAUCGGUGACAAGUUUUCUUCUAGACAUGGUCAAAAAGGUGUUUGUUCGAGAAAAUGGCCCACUGUAGACAUGCCAUUUAGUGAAACUGGAAUUCAGCCAGAUGUCAUUAUUAAUCCUCAUGCUUUCCCUUCGCGUAUGACAAUCGGUAUGUUUGUGGAGUCUCUGGCCGGUAAGGCAGGUGCUUUACAUGGUAUUGCUCAAGAUGCUACCCCAUGGACAUUUAACGAAGAUGACACUCCUGCUGACUACUUUGGUGAUCAAUUACUAAAGGCAGGAUAUAACUACCACGGUAACGAACCAAUGUAUUCAGGUGCUACUGGUGAAGAAUUGAGAGCAGACAUCUACAUUGGUGUCGUCUACUAUCAAAGAUUGCGUCAUAUGGUUAACGAUAAGUUCCAAGUACGUUCCACAGGUCCUGUUAAUAGUUUGACUAUGCAGCCUGUGAAGGGUAGAAAGAGACAUGGUGGUAUUAGAGUUGGUGAAAUGGAAAGGGAUGCCCUAAUUGGUCAUGGUACCUCUUUCUUGUUACAAGACCGUCUGCUAAAUUCCUCGGAUUAUACUCAAUCUGCCAUCUGUCGUGAGUGUGGUUCUAUUUUAACCACUCAAUUAAGUGUGCCUAAAAUAGGCACCAUGGCAACCGUUAGAUGUCGACGUUGUGCUAUUUCAUUCGAUGAGGCUAAAAAGAUGCUCGCAGAACACGAGCACGAGGAAUCAAUAUAUAUUAAUGAUUCACACAUCUGGGAAGACGGUCAAGGUAAAAAGUUUGUCGGUGGUGAUGAAACCACUACUGUGGCUAUCCCAUUUGUCUUGAAAUAUUUGGAUUCUGAAUUGGCUGCUAUGGGUAUUAGACUCCGCUAUGAUAUCGAACCAAAAUGA